UCAAAGCCCUUCCCAUCAUGGGGACUGUGAUUUUGAGUCCCAAACACGAGUCGCCUCCGGGCUCUGCUCUCUCUGUCUCGCAGGGACCUGCCUGGGGCUCCAAGGACAAGUGYUUCAGCAAGAUGUACACGGCGAGCGGCGAGUGCUGCAAGCCCUGCAAUCUGGGCGAGGGCGUCGUGCAGCCCUGCGGGCUCAACCAGACCRUCUGCGAGCCCUGCCUGGACAGCGUGACCUACUCGGACACGGUGAGCGCCACGGAGCCGUGCAAGCCGUGCACGCAGUGCGUGGGGCUGCAGAGCAUGUCGGCGCCGUGCGUGGAGUCGGACGACGCCGUGUGCCGCUGCGCCUACGGCUACUUCCAGGACGAGGCGAGCGGCGGCUGCCGCGAGUGCCGCCUCUGCGAGCCGGGCUUCGGCCUCGUCUUCCCGUGCGUCGACACGCAGGACACCGUGUGCGAGGAGUGUCCCGAGGGCACCUUCUCGGACGAGGCCAACUUCGUGGACCCCUGCCUGCCCUGCACCAUCUGCGAGGACAACGAGGUGCUGCUCAAGGAGUGCACGGCCACCUCGGACGCCGAGUGCAGAGACCUGCACCCGCGCUGGACCACGCAGACCCCGGUGCCGGGCGGCUCCGAGAGCCCCGAGCCGGCCACGUGGGAGCCGCCCAGCGCCGAGCCGGCCGCCAGCACCGCGGCCGACGCCGCCACCACCGUCAUGGGCAGCUCGCAGCCCGUCGUGAGCCACGGCACCGCCGACAACCUCAUCCCCGUCUACUGCUCCAUCCUGGCGGCCGUGGUGGUGGGGCUCGUGGCCUACAUCGUCUUCAAAAGGUGGAACAGCUGCAAGCAGAACAAACAGGGCGCCAACAACCGCCCCGUCAACCAGACGCCGUCGCCCGAGGGCGAGAAGCUGCACAGUGACAGCGGCAUCUCGGUGGACAGCCAGAGCCUGCACGACCAGCAGCCGCCCGGCAUGGGCACCCAGGGGCCAGCGGCCAAGGCGGACGGGGGCCUCUACGGCAGCUUGCCGCCCGGCAAGCAGGAGGAGGUGGAGAAGCUGCUGAGCAGCUCGGCCGAGGAGACGUGGCGGCAGCUGGCGGCCGAGCUGGGCUACGCCGAGGAGCACGUGGGCACCUUCGCGCGCGCCGAGGCGCCCGCCCGCGCCCUCCUGGCCGACUGGGCCACCAAGGAGACGGCCACGCUGGAGGCGCUGCUGGCCGCCCUGCGCCGCAUCCAGCGCGGGGACAUCGCCGAGAGCCUGCACAGCGACUCCACCGCCACGUCGCCCGUGUGA